CACCACUCAUCUCCAUCUCCCGGUCGGCUCAUUCUUUUGGGGCUUCGGUCUCCCUCCUCUUCCUUGCCUUUCCCCACCAUGUCGACCUCAACAUUACCUUCACCAUCGACCGCAUCGACCUCAACACAACCCAAGACUGUCGCUGUUUUCGGAGGGUCUUACGGCGGUUACCGAGCCGCGAAGCUUCUUGCCCAUGGCCUUCCAGAGGGAUGGAGAGUAGUCCUUGUUGAUAGAAACUCACACUUUAAUCAUGUCUAUAGUUUGCCUCGCUUCGCUGUCCUACCCGGGCACGAACAUAAAGCAUUUAUCCCCUACGACCCCGUCUUUGAUAAAUCCCAACUACUUUCCGCUCCUUCCCCCGCCUCGAGCACUCCCUCGCUCGCUGGACAUGACAACAUCCGGCUACACGCCAACAUCACCGAAAUGGGCCCGGACCACGUCCACCUCAGCCGCGCAUUCCCCGAGUACGGACUAGACACCAAACUUAAUUUCGACUACGCAAUAUAUGCUCUGGGGGCGCAUCUCCCCGCCCCUAUAGAUCUGUGGGGUCCCAUAGAGGAACACCCCGGGAAGGAUAUUCCUGCAUCUCCACCCAUGUCGUAUUCAGGCAUGAAGACGGAUAGUGUCAGCUGGCUACAAAAGGCUCAGAAGCGUGUGGAGUGCGCUCAUAACAUCUUGGUCGUUGGAGGAGGCGCACUUGGUAUUCAGUUCGCGUCGGACAUCGCACACCUCCACCCGAACAAGACCGUCACGCUUCUGCACUCACGUCGACAGCUCCUUCCUCGCUUCGACCCAUCAUUGCAUGACGAAGUCUUGCAGAGCCUCGAGAACCUCGGCGUCGACGUCAUGCUCGGCGAGCGACUUGACAUGCAGUCCGUCUCCGCUCCUCCAAUCGCCUCCAAGCCAGGCGAGCUCCCCAUUCGCAUGGUCCGCACCCAGUCAGGGCGCGAGAUCCGGACUGACCUCCUGCUCCUGUGUACUGGCCAAAUUCCAAACACGGGCCUCCUCGCGGCCAUGGAUUCCGAUACGGUGUUGUCGGACAGCAAGAUGGCGCGUGUGCUACCCACGAUGCAGCUUGACACGUCGCCCUUCGGUGUCGACGGUGAAGCGGGCGGGCCUGUAGACAUUGAAGAGGAUGGAGUGAUGGUGACGCAGACGGAGACGCGCUACCCACACAUCUUCGCGAUUGGCGACUGUGCGGACGCGUUCGGUGCGAUCAAUGCGGGCCACACGGCGUACUACCAGGGCGAGGUCGCCGCACGGAACAUUCUGCGACUCAUCCGGCGACGCGAGGGACUGUCUAGCGGUAGCGAUGAGUUGGACGAUGACGUACUCGAAGCGUACGCACCUGGUGCACCUGCUAUCAAGGUUUCGCUCGGCUUGACCCGCGCCGUGUACGAAGUCGACGGUGUCGUCGGCGUCAAAGACGACGGCGCUGACGAUCUCAACGCCGCUAUCAUGUGGUCAUCGAUGGGCUUCAAGAAUCCCACCGAUGAGGACAUGCUGAGAUAACAUCUAGCCUCGCUAUCCGCAUUUCAACCCCGGUUCACUUGACAGUGCUUUCAAUCUGGGUUGACUUCUGGCGAGAAUCCGUGAUCCACAGAAGGCGCUCGUACACAUGGACCAUGGUUCGGCUCCGUAAGACUUGACUUUGUUUGGCGACGUGCUCCUACGGCUUACGGUCAUGUCCUGUGUUGAUGCGCUUGUGUGUAGCUACGGAAUGCAAUCGAACUUUGAGGAUUACGAUCAAGGGAUGCCGCUGAGUCCUACGAAGUUGGUAUUUGAGAUGGUUUACGGGAUGUGAAAUUCAAGUGUUUCGAGCUUAUCUGCAUCCGAAGGUCAGUCCGGCGCAGCGUCAGCG